CCACAGCAUAUUUGCAAGUAGCAGUUAGAGACAGAACCUCAGUUCUUCCCUCAUUCUUCUGGCUUGGGCCCCUGCAACUGAAAUAUAGAAAACCGUUUCUAGGGUUUUGCAAAUUCAGCAAUUCUUCUCUUUAAAUCAUAUCCACUUUAACCUCCCUUACAAAUUCGUGAUUCUGUAAUUUGCUCAAGGUGGUCGUAUUCCCCAGUUCAACUACUCUCAACUCUGAUUCUCUCUUUCUCUACAUUUGUUCCAAUCCUCUUGCUGCCUUCCGCUAACUGGAGCUGUUUCGUCGUCGGUUUUAGGGUUUAAGUUGAAAAAUUGUGGGGUUUUUCUGAAUUUUCUGCAAAGGUUUUAUCUUUUUCGAAUGGUUUUUGGGUGUUCUGUUUAGUAUAAAUUGUUGGAGGGGUGGGUGGUGAAAAGUGCAUUGUUGGAAUAGGAUAUGAAUAGUGUAUUCACUGAGCAGAUACUUGCAGACAAGCUCUCCAAGCUCAACAGCACCCAGCAAUGCAUUGAAACUUUGUCACAUUGGUGUAUAUUUCACCGGAGCAAAGCAGAACUGGUUGUUGCAACAUGGGAUAAACAAUUCCGUAGUGCACAGAUGGUUCAGAAAGUUCCUCUCUUGUAUCUUGCAAAUGACAUCCUGCAGAACAGUAAGCGGAAAGGAAAUGAAUUUGUUACUGAGUUUUGGAAGGUUCUUCCAGCAGCUCUCAAAGUUGUUCACGACGAAGGCGAUAAUCAUGGAAAGAAUGUUGUAUCUAGAUUGGUUGGUAUUUGGGAAGAGAGACGAGUAUUUGGGUCUCGUGCAAGGAGCCUAAAAGAAGUAAUGCUUGAGGAAGAAGUGCCUCCACCAUUGGAAUUCAUUGGCAAAAAGCGCCCUCGUUCAGUCAGAAUUGUAAAAAGAGAUUCACGCUCUAUCAGAACGAAACUUUCUAUUGGAGGUCCAGCUGAGAAGAUUGUAUCCGCAUUUCACUUGGUGAUCAGUGAACAUCCCACUGAAGAUGCCGAGAUGAGUAAAUGCAAGUUUGCAGCUCACCGUGUAAGGAAGUUGGAGAAAGAUGUUGACAUUGCCUGUACUAAUGAUAAAGAUCCAAAGCGGGAAACUUUAGCGAAAGAACUAGAGGAGGAGGAAAAUAUUUUGAAGCAGUGUAUCAAUAAACUUAAAUCAGUUGAAACCAGUAGAGUAGCACUUUUAUCUCAAUUAAAAGAAGCUCUGCAUGAUCAGGAAUCUGAACUGGAGAAUAUUCGAACUCAUAUGCAGGUAGCACAGGCACAGGUAGAAGAAGCCACCAACAUGCGGAAGCGGCUCAAUGAUGAUGAUUAUCUGUUUAAACAAUCAAGUGCGACCAGUCCAUUGACUGAUGCAAAUUCUAAAGGCGGACAAACACCUAGGAAAUCAGCUGCAGCCAUUGCAGCUUUGGUUGCUGACAAGCUUGCUGCUUCUAGUUCUUCUCAAUCGAUUAUGACUUCAGUUCUUUCAACAUUUGCAGCUGAAGAAGCGAAGAAUGCUGGUCUGACAAAGCCCUCCACGUCUAUGCCCCAGAGUUCGGGCGCUGAAUCAAUAUCCAAACCUGAGAGGUCCAUGCCCGUAUCAGAUGCCAAUGUUUUUAUGUCAUCACAAGCGCCUUCUGUGCAGCCAAGCCAUUCGUACCAAUCAGCAUUGGUUCCCCAACUGCAGAAUCAAGCCCCAACCUCUCAAGGUCAAUUUCACAUGCUUCCAAACCCACCCUCCCAACAAUAUUUACAGCCAUCAGGAGGGGCCAUGAGCCCAUAUGUUUACGGUAGCAUUCCACCUUUGCCUCUAGGGCCACCACCUCGCCCACCUCAUAUGGUGACAUCAAUGGUGCCUUUGGCUCAGCAGCCAUUGCAAAUGAAUCAGCAACCUGUACAAAUUAGCCAGCAGCAACCAAUACCCUCAACUCAGCAGCCUCCUCCUGCUCCUAGUUUCCGGCCACUUCAGCCACCCGGAAUGGUGUAUUAUGCUCAUCAUCAUUCUCAGUAAAUUUGAUAACUUACGUAGACAGUAUAACCAAUGUGAAAUUUUGAGGAAAAGCAUUCUGUAGCGGGAUCAAAAUUUUGUUUAUUCAUUUGGUGUUAGUGUUUUGACAUUUUUCUUCUCUUGGAGUUGGCAUUUCGGCUCUCGUUUUUGCUCUUUUCAGAUCCGAUAUAAACUUUUAAAUGUUGGUUUUGUAACAUUAAUCUUGAGUGGUUAUUGUAACCAAAUAAAAAUGUCAUAUGAUGUCUUUACAAUGUGUAUAAGAUGAUGUUUGCUAA